AUGAAUCCGUAUCGGAAUGUUCGACAAAGUGUAUUGGAAGCACAAGCAUAUCAGGAAGAUGUAAUUACAUCUAGUUGGGUACCUGCUCCACCUAGAAUGAGUGAACGACGAUCGUCGAAUCAUACAUUUACUCAUCCAACUGAUAGAGUCUAUAAAUCAGAACUUACCAUCGCACCAUCAAAUUCAAUAUCAACAAAAAAUCCUGUUGAUAAGUGUUACAAAUGUAGUGGUAUCAUCAGUCGACAAACUGAUAAUGACAUUAAAUUCAACAAUCGAAUUUAUCAUACUUAUUGUUUUUCAUGUUCGAUUUGUCGUGUCAAUCUGGGUUUAAGUGAUGAAAAAACAUUUUUACUAGACAAUAACGGUGAACCAAUUUGUAAAAGUUGUUCAUCAAGUAAAAUCAAGCAGUGUCAAACGUGUCGACAAGCAGUUAUAUCCGAACGAUAUAUCCAUUUCGAUGCGAAUGAUUAUCAUCGGGAAUGUUUCAAUUGUUAUCAAUGCCGUCGACCUUUAGUUGAUCAAGUAAAUAUUCGUGUUCAGAAUAGUCGACCAUGUUGCGAUCGAUGUUAUGACGAAAAAUUUGCAUCGCGAUGCUACGUAUGCAAUCAGACAAUUCCAGCAGGUCAAUAUACAACGUACAAAGGCAAUAAAUAUCAUUUAGAUUGUUUCAAAUGUUCGUUUUGUCAAAGUGUUAUUCGAGAAAUGGAAUUUCCAGCGUAUAAUAACAAACCUUGUUGUGAACGAUGUUAUCAGGACAAAUUUGCACCGAAAUGCAUGCAAUGUUCCAAAUCGAUUGUUGGAGAAAAAGCGGUGAUUUUCAAUGACAAUAAAUAUCAUGCCGAUUGUUUUCGUUGCAGUCAAUGUUAUCAACCAAUCACGGAAAGCAAAUUUCAUAUGCAUAAUUCUAAACCAUGUUGUAAUGAAUGUUUUGACAAAAAUAUUGCACCGCAAUGUCAACAAUGUUUACGAGCGAUUUCAGUGGGUAAAUCAGUAAUUUACAAUGGAAAAAGUUAUCAUCCCGAUUGCUUUCGUUGUGGUCAAUGUCGAAAGAUUAUGUACGAAAGUAGAUUUUAUCAAGUUGAUAACAAACCUUGCUGCAGUGAAUGUCAUGAGAAAAACUUCACCUCGAGAUGUGCAAAAUGCGAUCGAUCUAUUGUUGAUUUUUAUACAACAUAUAAAGGCAAACAUUAUCAUACUCAUUGCUUUGUUUGUUCCAAAUGUCGCCGUAUUAUUGAGGAAAAUGAGAAAUUUUAUGAUGAUAGGUAUGGAAUUUUAUGUUCGCGAUGUGGUCUUUAA